AUGGUUUUCCUCAGACGGACAGUCAUGCGUCGCUGCCUGCUGCUGUUGGCCACGUUGGCUCUGCUCCUCUUCGUCAGCUCCUUCUGGCUACCUCAGGGUGGAGUCAGAGACUGUGGCAGCGCCUUGCAGCCAUGUUUAAGUUUUUAUCACCAGACGCCUGAGCCUCCAUUGGCUCCUGGGGACUGGGUGGAGCCUGACGGAGCCCCUCCCCUCCUCCAGGAGUGUCCUGGCCAAUCGUUUCAGGCCUGGCGUCUGCUGCAGUAUUUAAAGUCCAGCCUGGCAGAUGCUGAUGACGUCCUGCUGGAGCCGUAUCUACAGAGCUGGGACCAGCUCCUGAAUUUCAUGGAGUCUCUUGGGAAGGUGGUCAGUUUCUUUUCUCAGAAGGUGAAGGAAAAGGUUGUACUGAUACGAGAGCUGUCACUCAAACACAGUACAGAGGCUCAUGGGAAACGCAGUCCACCUGACCACUCUGGACAACAAACUCCAGCAUCAUUUGGACUAAAAUAUGGGGCGUAUCGCUCAGUUCGAUCCAUGGUGGAGGCGGAGCUCAAAGCGGGUGUGGUCGACUUCUCUCGCCGCACAGAUUCGGGCUGCAGGACGCUGCUGCGGCUUCAUCGGUCUCUGCUGUGGUUGAAGCUGAUGUUGGAGGGUUUGGCUGAAGGACCGGACGUGGAGGGACGAUACAAAACACCUGGGGAGCUGAGCAGGGAUGCCUACAAGGUGGCGUUGGCCCCCCACCACCCCUGGAUGCUUCGCCAGGCUGCGGAGUUUGUCUUCCUGGCCCUCCCAGACCGGCAGUACUUCCUGCAGCUGGUGUGCGUGCGGAGCCAGCAGGAGGCCGUGCCCGUCCUGCACGUCAUCAUCCACGCAUUGACGCUCGCGCACACACAAACUCAGCGAAUCCUGGCUGAACACGGCAUGCUGGAGCUGCCGUGA